AAUACUAAUCUUUAACACAUUUCUACGGCAAAAUGUUUAUGACUAGAUCAGAAUACGAUAGAGGUGUGAACACCUUUUCACCUGAAGGACGAUUGUUUCAAGUAGAGUAUGCGAUUGAAGCCAUUAAGUUGGGAUCGACCGCGAUUGGCGUGAAAUCAAAAGAUGGAGUUGUUUUGGGUGUUGAAAAAAGACUUAGCAGUCCUUUAAUGGAAUCAUACUCUGUGGAAAAGCUAUUUGAGAUUGAUACGAAUAUUGGCUGUGCUAUCUCUGGUUUAACAGCAGAUGCACGUACUAUUAUAGACCAUGCAAGAGUGCAAGCGCAAAACCAUCGCUUCACUUAUGAUGAACCCCAAGGUGUAGAAAGUAUUACCCAAUCCAUUUGUGAUUUAGCUCUUCGAUUCGGUGAAGGAGAGGAAGACGAAGAACGAAUUAUGUCUCGUCCUUUUGGCGUAGCUCUCUUGCUGGCCGGUAUUGAUGAGCAUGGUCCCCAGCUUUACCACUCUGAACCUUCCGGUACAUACUUCCGUUAUGGUGCUAAGGCUAUUGGCUCUGGUAGUGAGCCCGCGAAAACCGAAUUGGUUAAAGAAUACCACAAUGACAUGACUCUACAAGAAGCAGAGGCAUUGAUCCUCAAAGUCCUUCGUCAAGUUAUGGAAGAGAAAUUAAAUUCUAUGAAUGUACAGCUCGCAAGCGUUACUUCUGACAAGGGAUUUCAUAUUUAUACUGAUGAUGAAAUGGCCGAUGCUGUUCGUCGUGAAGAGCACAGAUCAGAUUAAAGUAUCUAAUUGUCUUGUUAUCUUGUCUAUAAGCCUUUUACAUACGGCUAGAGUUACAUUCCUUUUCCUUUUUCAUGCUCCAAUGAACUGUUUUACGAGAAAAAUAGCUACCUUUCUGUAAGUUUAUCCUUCCUUAGAAGAAACCCGCUAUUAUUAAGAAGAAUGAACAAUAUAAGAGACGACAGGUUUUACUAGAAAGUUUAACGGCUGUAGAGAGAAUAAUAAUUUGUAUGUAAAAUUUGGUAGUAGAUCUUCUCAUUCAUACUGAGGUCCA